CACUUCACUCAUUUCCCUUUUGACCAUACAGUCCCUUGUCACAUCCAUCCCUCUCUCUCUCUCUCUCUCUCUCUCACACACACACACCAUCGCUCCUAUUUUUUAAUUUAACCAUGCACAUAGGCACAUCUUUCUCUUCCAUCCCCAUAGUUUCAAUUUCAGCUUGUUCCUCAGUUGUGUUGGAUCUUUUUUUGUGUCUCCUCUCUCCCCCGUCUCGGUCUCUUCCAUUCUCUCUCUUUCUCCCUCUCUCUCUUUCCUCCUCCUCCUCUCAUCUUAGAGACAGUAGUGUGCCUGCAGCCUCAAAUCUAAGCCGCUGCCUGUCAGGCUGCUCCGUUUAUGCGCUCUGCGCUCCUCUCCUCCUCUCCUCCUCUCCUCUCCUCUCCCCUCUGCGCUAUACCGCACUGCUCGUCUCUCCUCACCUCACAUCUCCAUCUCUUCCACUCCUCUCUCUCUGCCCGCGUCCCUCUCGCACUCCAGGCGCGUGUCCCUGUCGUGCAUUGCUGCGCUCUGCUCCUUCUUUUGGGAACAUACCAAACACUCUGGAUUGUUUUUCUCCCCCCUUGCUGCCAGAGCUGAGUACACUCUGGCUACUAUUGGAAGAGGAAUCGGAUGUUCCUGGCGCUCCAGGUUUGGCUCGCUUUGGAUCUGUGUGGACCGGAGCGGAGGAGAGGGCAGGGAGGGAGGGGAGGGGGGCAGGUGAGACCGUCAUCUGCUUGGGGGAGUGAAGGCUUCAAGGUGGUAGCAGUAGUGGUUGAUGGUUGUCCGUCGAGGGUCAUGCCCUGGGACUUGCGUGCUUUUCGACUGUUGGAGUUGGAGAUCCGCUCCCAUUUUUGCCCCCCCAGUGGGGCAGCAUUGAUCCUGGUCCCGGGAAAAGCUGCCGGGCACCAGUGGCCGCGCCGUGAAGACUGGGCACCAUGAACCAGCUGGAUGCACCACGGCCACUCAACUGGACCAUCAGAAAACUCUGCCAUGCUGCCUUCCUGCCAUCUGUGCGCCUGCUGAAGGCACAGAAAUCGUGGAUAGAAAGAGCAUUCAGCAAGAGAGAAUGUGUUCAUAUCAUAGUGAGCGCCAAAGACCCCCAUAGGUGCUGUUGUGGUCGUCUGAUAGGUCAGCAUGUGGGCUUGCCCCCGGGCAUAUCAACCAGUCAGAAUGAUAAGGCAGAUCGUUUGGCUAAGAACGACAGCCUGUCAGAGAAGUGGUCGAUCUGCAAACACACACAGCUCAGCCCCACUGAUGCUUUCGGCACCAUUGAGUUCCAGGGAGGAGGACACUCCAACAAAGCCAUGUACGUGCGAGUGUCUUAUGACACCAAGCCUGACCUGCUGCUAAGCCUGAUGACCAAGGAGUGGCAGCUGGAUCUGCCAAAGCUGCUCAUCUCAGUCCACGGGGGCCUGCAGAACUUUGAAUUACAGCCCAAACUCAAGCAGGUUUUUGGCAAAGGGCUCAUUAAGGCUGCCAUGACAACAGGAGCCUGGAUCUUCACUGGUGGAGUCAACACAGGAGUGAUUCGCCAUGUUGGUGAUGCGUUGAAAGACCAUGCUUCCAAGUCAAGGGGGAAAAUCUGCACCAUUGGCAUUGCUCCGUGGGGCAUCGUAGAAAAUCAGGAGGAUCUUGUUGGCAAAGAUGUGGUGCGUCCGUACCAGACCAUGUCCAACCCCAUGAGCAAGUUGACGGUUCUAAACAGUCUCCACUCCCACUUCAUCCUGGCAGACAACGGCACCACUGGAAAGUAUGGCGCUGAGGUCAAACUGCGACGCCAGCUUGAGAAACACAUCUCCCUGCAGAAGAUUAACACACGUAUUGGUCAGGGUGUGCCGGUGGUGGCUCUGAUCGUAGAGGGAGGCCCGAAUGUGAUCUCCAUUGUGCUGGAGUACCUCAGGGACACCCCUCCCGUCCCCGUGGUGGUGUGUGAUGGCAGCGGCAGGGCCUCAGACAUCUUGGCUUUUGGACACAAAUACUCUGAAGAUGGAGGCAUAAUUAACGAGUCUCUAAGAGACCAGUUGCUGGUGACCAUCCAGAAGACCUUCACCUACAGCCGCACACAGGCACAGCAUCUGUUCAUCAUUCUCAUGGAGUGCAUGAAGAAGAAGGAGCUGAUAACAGUUUUCCGGAUGGGGUCGGAGGGUCAUCAGGACAUUGACCUUGCCAUCCUCACAGCAUUACUAAAAGGUGCCAAUGCUUCAGCCCCUGACCAGCUGAGUUUGGCUCUGGCUUGGAACAGAGUGGACAUCGCCCGCAGCCAGAUCUUCAUCUACGGACAGCAGUGGCCUAUCGGCUCCCUGGAGCAGGCCAUGCUGGAUGCCUUAGUUCUGGACAGAGUGGACUUUGUCAAGCUGCUGAUUGAAAAUGGCGUCAGUAUGCACCGUUUCCUCACACUGUCCAGACUGGAGGAGCUCUACAACACGAGACAUGGACCAUCCAACACACUGUUCCACCUCGUAAGAGAUGUCAAAAAGGGAAAUCUUCCCCCGGACUACCGCAUCAGCCUCAUCGACAUUGGACUGGUCAUUGAAUACCUCAUGGGCGGCGCAUAUCGGUGUAACUACACCAGGAAGAGAUUCAGAACGCUGUACCACAACCUCUUUGGACCCAAGAGGCCGAAAGCCCUGAAACUGCUGGGAAUGGAGGACGACAUGCCAAUCCGCAGAGGCCGCCAGAAGACGACGCGCAAACGAGAGGAGGAAGUAGACAUCGAUUUGGACGACCCCGAGAUCAACCACUUCCCUUUCCCCUUCCAUGAGCUCAUGGUGUGGGCCGUGCUCAUGAAACGUCAGAAGAUGGCGCUGUUCUUUUGGCAGCACGGUGAAGAGGCCAUGGCCAAGGCCUUGGUAGCGUGUAAGCUUUGUAAAGCCAUGGCACACGAAGCCUCCGAGAACGACAUGGUGGAUGACAUCUCCCAGGAACUAAACCACAACUCCAGAGAAUUUGGCCAGCUGGCAGUGGAACUCCUCGACCAGUCCUAUAAACAGGAUGAGCAGAUGGCCAUGAAGCUGCUGACGUAUGAGCUGAAGAACUGGAGCAACGCCACCUGUCUGCAGCUGGCGGUAGCGGCCAAACACCGAGAUUUCAUCGCUCACACCUGCAGUCAGAUGCUUUUGACCGACAUGUGGAUGGGACGCCUGCGCAUGCGCAAGAACUCGGGCCUGAAGGUGAUCUUAGGCCUGCUUCUGCCGCCGUCCAUCCUGAGUCUGGAGUUCAAGAACAAGGAUGAGAUGUCCUACAUGCCCCAGGAUCAGGAGGCCUAUUUGCAGGAGAAGGAGGAGGAGGAGCCUGAGAAACCAGCCAAGGAGAAGGAGGAGGAAGACAUGGAGUUCACAGUAAGAUCUUACUGUGAGGCGCAGUACAACUCCGUGGCGAUGCUGGGCAAGGUAACCACAGAGACAUCCAGAAAGAAGGAUGUUGAGGAGGUUCAGAAACGCCACCGCCUCAUCCCCCUGGGACGAAAGAUAUACGAGUUCUACAACGCUCCGAUUGUCAAGUUCUGGUUCCAUACGUUGGCCUACGUGGGCUACCUCAUGUUGUUCAACUACAUUGUCCUGGUAAAGAUGGACCUGUGGCCCUGUCCUCAAGAGUGGAUCGUCAUCGCUUAUAUCUUCACCAACGGCAUUGAGAAAAUGAGAGAGAUCCUGAUGUCAGAGCCGGGGAAGUUGUUACAGAAGGUGAAGGUGUGGCUUCAGGAGUACUGGAACAUCACAGACCUCAUGGCCAUUCUCAUAUUUUCCAUCGGCAUGGUUCUGCGUCUCCAAGAACCACCGCUCAUGAGCUACGGGCGCGUCAUCUAUUGCGUCAACAUCAUCUAUUGGUACAUCCGGCUGCUGGACAUCUUCGGGGUCAACAAGUACCUGGGUCCCUACGUGAUGAUGAUUGGCAAGAUGAUGAUCGACAUGAUGUAUUUUGUGAUCAUCAUGUUGGUGGUGCUGAUGAGUUUUGGGGUGGCACGUCAGGCCAUCCUCAACCCUAAUGAAGACCCAUCCUGGAUGCUAGCUAGGAACAUCUUCUUCAUGCCUUACUGGAUGAUCUACGGAGAGGUGUUUGCUGACCAGAUUGACCAUAGUAGGAAGUUAAAGCACAGGCUGAAUGAAAAACUCUGGCUGGCCGACAAUUACUUACGAACUUAUGGAACCUGGCGUAGUAGCGCUCCGUCCCACAAUGCCCAGUGCAGUCAAACCCCCACCCCCUGUGGGCAGAACAUCACUACAGAGGACGGUGGGGUCGUGGCCCUGCCUGCCUGUAAGACCGGAGCCUGGAUUGUCCCAGCCAUCAUGGCGUGCUACCUACUGGUGGCCAACAUACUCCUCGUCAACUUACUCAUAGCUGUGUUCAACAAUACAUUCUUCGAAGUGAAGUCCAUCUCCAACCAGGUUUGGAAGUUCCAGCGCUAUCAGCUCAUUAUGACCUUCCACGAGCGCCCAGUGCUUCCUCCUCCCCUCAUCAUCUUCAGUCACAUAACUAUGGUCCUUAAGCAUCUGUGUUGUCGCUGGCGCAAGCACGAUGACGACGAGAGGGACUACGGACUGAAACUUUUCAUCACAGAGGAUGAGCUGAAGAAAGUCCACGACUUUGAGGAGCAAUGCAUCGAAGAGUACUUCAGAGAGAAAGAUGACCGAUUCCACUCCUCUAACGAUGAGAGGAUCAGAGUCACUUCUGAAAGGGUGGAGAAUAUGGCAAUGCGUCUGGAGGAAGUCAACGAAAGGGAACACUUCAUGAAGGCCUCGCUGCAGACCGUCGACAUACGUCUGGCCCAAAUGGAGGAGCUCAUUGGACGGAUUGCUGUAGCACUGGAGCGUGUGACAGGUGUUGAGCGCGGGGAGGUAAACAAAGUGCGUUCCCGGACCUCGUCUGACUGCACGGACUCGGCAUAUGUUCUCCGCCAGGGGGAGUGCCCCGAUGCGGGAUACAUCCUCCGUCAAAGCAGCUUCAACAGCACAGAAGGAAAUACCUACCGUCUGCAGGAGGCGCUGGAGGGAGCAGCCGAGGGCUCCAUGUCCCCUCCCUCUCCUACAGGCACGGCUGCGCGGACAAGGAGUCGCUCAUUUUAUGCCGGUCGCGGUGGUGAACGUUCAAGCGGGGCUGAGCGAGCUGAGAGCUUCUUCAAAGAACGCUCGCUCAGUCUCCAUCGAGCCAACAGCUCGCAAUCAGUGUCCUCAGGUGCUGCCCCCAAGGAGUCUAAGCCCCUCCCCCUGGCGACGCUGUCGGUUUCCCAGCAACACCGUCCAUCAUCAUGCAUUGAUAUCUAUGUGUCCACUUCCGAGGAGGUAGGGCCCGCGGAGGUCUUUCUGAAUCCACUCCGAAUAGUCCCACCGCUCAACAGAGACUGCUCGCUGCAGUCGGACAUCAUGGAGACGGUGCUGCCGGGAGGCCGCGACUUCGGCAGCGCUGCCACCAGCGGUACGGGCGAUAGGCACUCGGAGGGCGGAUUGGGCAGCAGCGGGACGGCCGGGGCCGUGUUCGACGACAGCGCAGCCGCCGAUUUGUCACUGUGCUCGGCCCACCUCUUACCAGACAACACUUUACCUCCCUGGGACAUGGAGCCAUCCCCGCCUCCCUCGGCAGGGAUGCUCGAGCGCUCCAAGAGCAGCCGCUACCUCUCUACGACCGGCACGUUCCUCGAUGAGCCCCCUCUGGUUAAGUCACACAGCCUCAUGUUCACAUCAAGAGGCUCCUACAGUGGACUAGGGGCAGGAGUCCAGGUAAAGGCCGCAGAGUACACCAGCAUCACCGACUGCAUCGACACGCGCUGCGUCUCGGCUCCAUACACUCCCGUAGAACGCUCACACUCCCCCGGAGGAUCCACCUCGUUCCCUUUUGAUAAGCCGUCAGACAUUGCUUCCUGUCAUCCCGAGAGAGAGGCGGAGCUCAGCCACACAGAGUCUGAUCCGGAGGACCCUGACGACCUGAUUCCAGCCCCUGACACCCCUCGCCUGGGGGGCCUAGGCGGGCCCAGCGGGGUCCCUCUCUGCUCUCCCUUCUCCAGGCUGGAGAGAGCAAACAGCUGCUCCUCAGAUGACUCCCAUCCUUCCCUCACGCUGGCCCCUCCACACCGGAAGAGCCUGUCGGUGAGCGAGAGGAUGGAGCGGGGAUCGGUUCUGGGGGCGGACAGGGGGCCCGGACCGGGGGGCCAGGGUCUGGCAGGAACCAGAAACCCCUUCCUCAGAAGCAAGUCUGGCGCACGGCCGGACGCGGCCAAGACUGACAGCCUCUCAAUGAGGAAGCUGGCCACUCCGUCAGCUUUCCGCAGCUUUGAUAGACAGAACUACACGUGACAAGAACCCUGGUCUGCCCGCCCACGCGCCGAUAGGACCAGGGAGGAAUGCUGAGAGGGCAAACAUGAAAGCAGGGUAAAGUGGCCCGUAGAUGCUGAGGUUUUUUCACUUAAGUUUUAGGUUAAAAAAAGGUGGUAAAGGUGUAAUCAUAUUCAGCGCUGGAGGGCCACUUUACCCUGGAUUAGGUGUCAGGUGGAGCAGGACGGGAGACCUAGGCGCCCUUGCGUACACCAGACAGAAACAAAGAGCUAUGGAUCUAGAGUAGUUAUUACCUCUUCUGAAUGGGGUGUUAUGGCAAUGGAAGGUGUGUUUUUACUGUAUGUCUUCAACCCAAUACCUUUACAUCACGUAGACAUCACUGUGUUGCAUCAAGUCAGAAAGUAUAGCGUUACUCCAAGCUACAUUACAAGGUAGAACAUGUCAGACAAAGGGAGAAAGAAAGAAAAAAACAGCCACUUCUUUUUUUAUUUUGUCUUUAUUUUGUCUUGACACAGAGUCACACAACUUUGACUUUAUACACAUUAUCCUCUCUGCAUAUAAUCUUAACUCACUUGUACUGCCCUAACUAUAGCAAACUAGGCGAAUAGGCUAUUUAUGGCUGCCAGUGAAGGGUUUUGGAGAUUUCUUCCCUUUGUUGCACUGGAAAUGAUUGCUGUAAUAUGGCAACAAAAUACCUCUAUAUACACAAAUACACCUUUCAAAUAAUCCAAAUAUUUAUCUCCUUUUUUCUAAGGUAUAUCAAAUCUGCCUUUUCCUCCUAUUGCGUUUUUUAGCAUAAUCUGUCUACCAAACUGUUUCUAUUGUCAGUCUAGCUGAAAAAGUAAAAAGUCAAAGGGUCAUCCUUUUAAGGUUGUAUGAGCGGUGACGAGAGCGAAAAGGAAGCAUCAGGAAAGAGGGAUUAAGAGUGUGACAUGAAGACUUUUACAACUGAUGUUUUGGGGUAGCAACAAGUAUUUUUAAAUGUGGACACACAUACACACACUGUCAGUGAAAUCUGGACAUGACACUGGAAAAUGAUAGUAAACUCUUGUUCAGGCCUGAUCCCUGAGAGCUUUAACAAGUGCAAUUGUGAAGGCCAAUAGGGACAAAAGGCCACUAUGAGCCUAUUUCAGAAGCAAUGCUCACUGGGUACACCUGUUAAAAACCUUCUUUGCCUGCACCUGACACCAAAAAUCCGUACACUCAACAAACCACUGCUCUCUUGUAGCCUAGCCCUCCUCCUUCAGGUCAUGACAGUGGCAUUUUUUUGCAAUGGUUGUAUAUCCACCUUCACUGGAUCCGUCCUUCAUGUUCUCCAUAACUGUCAGCUUUUCCUCUUUUUAUUUUUUUUAUUGCAUUCAAAGACAGUCACCGCAAAAGGAGACUGUAAUAGUAAGCAAUUGCGCGAUGAUUGAGCCCAAUAUAAAUUGUAGGUCAAGAAGAGUUCCUAAAGAAUGAGCUCAUUUAUGAAUCAUCUUUAAAACCAGAAGAAGCUUAAAGUAAGCUUUUAAGUAUAUGCAUUCUAGGUGAAAUAAAAGAAAGAUGUGCAUUUUAAGUGACAUGGAGGAGGAAACAAGGGGUUAUUAUUAUUAAAAGAUGAAAGCCAGAUCAGUGUUUUAGAACGUUCUCUUUUAUUUUUAUUGUAAUGGAAAAAGUCUUGAAGGAGGACCACAUCCUCUGUUGGAUAUUUAAGAUAAGAUCAUUGAAAUUAAUACAAUUCUUUCAGAUUUUGUAUGUUUGUUUUUUUAUUUCCUCACUAUUACAAUUCAGUUUAAUCAUGUUGAAUUUAUUUUGGGAUUGAUUUAUUUAUUGACAUUUCUUGCUCAUUGAUGAUUACCGUAAACACCUGUUUGAAUUAAAAAAUCAAUAUUUAUAUCUUCUCAGUGAUAUUUUUGUCAAAUUUUAAGUAUUUUCUAAUUAAGCUUUUAAAUUUAAUAAAAAGAUGACCAUCGACAUGCACUAAAUGCUGAUGUAUUAUAAUAUUUAUUAAACAUAGAAUUGUCUUAUACACUGUACAUUUAAAACAUAUUUAAAGUAUUUAAAGUAGUUUUAUUGUAUGUUUUAUCAAGAAGCUUAUGAGAAUUUUCUAAUGUAAAGUUGACAUGGCAUUACUCAGUUGCCAGUAUACCAAACUUAGGGUGCCUUUUGGGCAUCAAUGGACUAUGUAGAAUCAGUAAUCUGUGAAAUGUCAUUUUUUGUUUGUUUUUUCCCUCAUUAUGGAGCCCAUAAUGUAUGUUAUGUCCAACAUGUGUUUUUUUUAAUUCACUCAGACCUUUUGUUUCUCUCUUUAAACAAAUCUGAUGUACAGAUUGGGGUGAUUUUGAUAUCGGUAGACUUUAUCAUUGCUUGUGUGGACGUUUAAAUCCACGGAAAAACAUAGAAAGAUUGAUUAUUAAGAAUUAUAGUUUCAUAGCAGAAGAAAAGAAUAUAUAUAUCUGUAUCAUUACCCAAUCUGUUUGACGAUCCAUACUGUUUGUAUGCCCACUACCCCUAAACCAAACCCCAAACCUUAAAAGGGGCACUCCAUUGAUUUAGCAAUACCUCUGCUAACUAUCUGCAGACUUUCUAGAAAUAGUCUUUUAGUCCCCAGUAUGGAUCAAAUUAAAAAAACAUUCAAUUCUACAAUUACCACGGUGCAACUCAAUAGCAUCUUUUGAUUGACCUUCCAUGACUGAUAAAUGCCUCCCAGUUAUCUACACAGGCUGCAAAAGACACUGUGUUCAUAGGCUGAACCUCAAUGACCAGUAAAGGGACCUUUAGUAGUAAAAUUGGUGGAGUGCCCCUUUAACCCAGCAAUCACAACUCCCACACAAAUGACAUGCAGGUGGGUUGGACAGAUCGGGGUGUAACACUUGAAAUAGCUAUGAGAUGGCAAAUGGGAGGUUUUAGUUCGUCACUACAUAAAAGGAUAAGAUUUGCAAUUUCCUCAACAAAUACGUAGUAUGCAGUAUGUUUAAGAGGUGUAAGGUUGACGCAGAGUCAAUUCUCAGGGACAACGUUACCCCAGUGAUGCAAGGUAGUAAGAUUAUCAUGCUGGAACGAAAGAUGUAAACAAAAAGAGAAAUAGAGAGAUCUGCAGCAGAAAGCUUCUUAUAUAAUCACUGUGCUUUAUGUCUUCAGGACAUCUAUUUUUUUGUAUCUUAUGUCUUCAGAAAUGGCAAUACAAUUCAAAAGAAUGCCUUCAUGCUAUGACGACUGACUCACAAACAACAGGAACUGCAUAUUGUUGAGAGGGUUUUGGUCCCUCACAAGCUGAACCAAACCAAAUGUGAACGAGCAGAGUCAUGCUCUACUGACCUGUGGUCCACACAGCAUUGGUAGACAGGUUAAUCAAGCAAAGGUUGCAGCUCAACUCAGUUAUACAUGGCUAACGAUGAAAACAGACGGUGUCAGGCUGAAUAGCUUAGACCCUCCUAUUUGCCCUGCUGUGAUGGAGAAUCAAAAUGUUAUUUUCAAAUAACACAUUUUUAUCCUUGCAGUAAAGUGUAGGAGAAAACAUAUCUGUCCAUGGCUCUACUAAAGUUGUUUGCACAUGGUACUAUUAUUAGUUUUGUGGAAGGUUGACAUGGCUGGGAGGUUGAUUGGAGGGGUGUGUGUGUGUGUGUGUUUGUGUGUGUGUGUGUGUGUGUGUACAUUAACUGCGUGUGAACACGGACAUCUGAAUGACACCAGUAACAGGGAGGCAUGCCAACACAAUACAACACAACAUAAUCUCAGUGUACAGUAUUUUUUCAAUAUUUUCCUAUACUGUAUCCCAUGAGCACUUGAUGUUAAUCAACAGAUCUGCUUCCCUCCUAUGACUAUAAUUGGAAAUGUCUUUACCUCCACAUUGUCAAAGAAAUGUCCAACCACUUACCCGUCAACUACGUGCCAAAGCCUGGUGAUAAAUUAGAAGGUUAAUCAUUGUGACUUGUAAGUUAAAGAGACUUUACUGCACGUUUUUUCUGCAAUAAUUGCUGAUGUGCUUCUACAAUUGAAAGGGACUUAUCCCCCUAAUGGUCACACUUUAUUUAAUGUCCUUCAAAUGCAUGCAGUUCUUCCACUCAGAGUGUAAAGAGACGACCUGUAAAGAUGACCGAAAGAACGAUAGAGAGAGAUUGUAAUAUGAAAUCAAAGUAGUGAGUAUUUGGAUGCAAAUACAAAUCUGUAUUCUUCAAUGUGAAUAGGAUCAUGUCUGGCAUGCAUUGUCAAAUAAAAAAUGAAAUAGA